UAGUACAAUACAAAAAAUAUAUAGGUAGGGUAUGAGUAUGAACUUAUAAAGGGGGUGGGAAUUAGUGAUAAAGAUUUUGGAAAACCUAUUUUUUUCGCAGGCGUGCUAGGACUCUCCUGGGGGCUUAUGGUCAGCAGGAUUUGUUCAAGGAAGAUGAAGUUCCAAUUGAUGUUCGUUGAAUUUGUUAGAUUUUGUAUAUGUACAGGGACUUUACUGCUGAAUCAGAAAAGGGAUUGGCUUUAUGAGGACGGAGAUGAUGAAUCUGCAGAUGUUUAUGCUGAGAGGUUGCAGGAUCUCAAAAAGUUGGUGGAUCCGAUUGAAUAUUGGUUUAAUGAAGAAGAGGCUCGACCACAAGCAGCUAAGAAUCUGUUUCAAACAAUAAGAGAAUGCCAGACAGCUGCAAGAUCACUACCAGCUAGUGAAAGAGAAACAGUGCUGUCGGAAUUGAAUGUACUAAUUAUGAGCAAUGGCUGGUAAACAAAAUUCAGGAACAGGAAUCACGACCCAAAAACAAUGACCCAUCACUAAGUUCACGCGAUAUUGAAGAUGCCACACAAAGCUUGCUAGAGUAAUAUUCUUGAAGUCUUACACAUUCCUAAUGUUUGUUUAUCCAAGAUUACUUUAAUAGUGCAUCUCUUCUGUAGAAUGUUGCUUUAUGAUUGAUUGAGUUUUGACUUUAUCUUGAUAAAACUUAUUAAUGUCAACUACGAAUUUUUACACGGAAGCACAAGAAAAUAAUCUGUAAGUUCUACAUGCAAUGCCCAAAAUAGUUGGCUAAUU